UGGAAUAAAUGGAUUACCCUCCUUUUUGAAAAUUGUUGCCAUGGAAGUAGGUAGAAUUCAAAUGAUGGUUGACACAGAGAAACAAAGGUAAGACGGCUUCGCGCUGGAGAUACAGGAGCACAAUGAGAGUGUGAACACAAAGUCAACAAAGAACACUUGCUAAAUAGGGACCAAAGACUCCCACUGUCCAAAUGAAUGCAUGCGGUAGCAAAACGCUAAAACAUAAAACAGAUUGAAAAGGAAUGACCAAGAAAACCCACGUCUCUGGAAGCGUUGCACUCUGCAUCCAAGAGCCGAUAAGACCUUUAAUGGAUUGUUUUCCCCGGGGAGCGUUCAGUGAGGGUUUGUGUCCGGACCUCCUGAUUCUGUUGCUGCGGUUUUGGUCUCACACAGGUGUGAGUCCGGUCUUGGCAAACUCACACACGUGGACGAGCUGAAGGAUUACUGGGACGGAGCAGUCUCGAUGGUUACGCUGGGAACUGUUCUCCUUUGGUCCUUAACUCAGUCUAAUCCUAGAAUAGCUCUGCUUGCUUGAGUGCGUAACGUAAAGACGCUUGAGGUGGUGUCUCCGUCGCCUGUGAUUUCAGUGCCAAACUGCUUCGGCUUCCUGGGAAUGACUGCAAACUUUAUAUGUGCUAUUUUUCUUCAGUAGAAAUUUGCUUCGCUGCAAAUCUUUUGUUUCUUACUCAAUUUUUCAACACCAAGCUUUUAAGUGAACCUUUUUCAGUGGAAAAGUGUCACAUUGAGUAUUUUUACCAUUUGGCCUUUUCAUAUAUUGAUAAAACGCAUUGUUUAACGUCUCCACUGCUACAUCUGCAACAUAUAUUUCUCUGCUCCAGCUUUUUGGUGGAUUUCCAAAGCGUUUUCUUGUUUCAUUCUCAGGCCGUAGAGUCUCUAUCUUUGUCAUUUAUGGUUACUGCCAAAAGCCUUCGAGUUUUUGAUGAGAAGCAUUCCCUGACAGACACUGACAGAUAUUUUCACUUUUAAUACAACCUUGGACAAAACAAUGCAGAAUUUUUCCAACAGUCCAGCCCCCACAUCUCUUCCCCCUGGGUUCAGUGGGAGAGGAGGAGGAGCACCUCCGUACCCCCCUCAGCCAGCAGACGCCCAGAUCUCCCCAAGGAUGACAGAUGAUUAUGCAGGGAUGCAGCAGCAGAGCCUGCACAGAGGCCAUCACCACCCUGGUCAAGCCAGCCACAUGCUGGCUUACAGUGCCAGAAGCAGAGGACCUGUGGAGCCACCAGCAGCGCAGGGUAGCAUUCACAGUGGGAACAGCAGCAACCCUUACAGGAAGGAUGCCAUGGAUUAUUAUUUUUCAAUGGGGGGGAAGGACAGGCACAGAAGGGGGGGGGUGGGGUACGGGGCUGGUUUUGGCUAUCCGAACAUUGAUGGACAUAUACCUCACCAGUUCCACCAUGCCGUCUCUAGCUCUGCACCAACAUCUGGCCUGAUGUCACCAUAUCCAGUAGACUAUGGCUCCAGUAGUGGUUCAGGUGCUGGUGCUGGAGCUUUUUCUCCUUCUCAUCAGUACAAUAUGAGUCAGAACCCUGCAAUGCAGUCAGUGCCAGGUUCUCAGAUGCAGCAUCGGCAGCAUGGGCAAACCUUUCCGACUGUCCACCAUGGACAGCAGCAUAGGAGCUAUCCUCACUCUGGGCACAGGAUGACCCCUCAGUAUCCGCACUAUUCCCCGCAAGGUGGAGCAUCCACGGGGUCAUCAGGAAUGUACAGCCCCCCACCGCAGAGAUAUCUCGACGGGGCUGCUGGCACUGGGUUUGAUCCCAAAGUCAACAGUGUCAACUCCAGUUCAAACUCAGUCUCCAGUUCAGUUGCUGCUAACAAUGUGGGGCCAAUGGAGAAUGUUCAACAGAGUUACCAUGCAUCAAAUUAUCCAGGAUAUUCCCCACAGACGCAUUCACUUCACAAACAGGCUACACUACAGCACCGCAACUCACAGCACAACUUAGGUGUAGGUUAUGACAAUUCUCUCAAGCUGCACCAGGGCCCGUCUGUUUAUGCUAAACCUCAUCAGGCCUCCAAUCCGAGCAUACCUCAAGCAGCAGCGUCUCAAGAAAUAGCCAAAUCCCCCAUGCACCUGAAUGCGCAACAGCCCCAAGUAAACCAAAACUUCAGCCCAAUAUCCAACCCCUCUCCAGCUGCCUCCGCAGUGCAUUCCCCCAGCUGUAGCUCCUCUCCGUCCCCUUUAAUGGGUGUCUCAGAGGCACAUGGAAACCCCUCAGGUCACGGUCCUUCCCAUCCUUCUACAUCCAACCCCCGUAGCAAUCAUGGCCACGGCAGGUUACUGCAGACCAUGCCUCAGCUUAGCCCCACCCCUAACUCAAACAGCAGCAUUAGUAGCUGUGGUAGCAGUGGAAGCCAUAAAGGUCACAGCAUGAGCGCGGUGGGAGGAGGAAGUCUUCCUCCAACAGGCCGCAACAAAAUGACUUUAAGUUCUCGAGAUGAAGGUUCCUCCAUUUAUUCGUCUUCUGCUCUUGAUAAACUGCACGAUUCUGGCUUGAAUAGUCUUAAUGCCUUGAGCUCACAAGUAGCCAAUAUACCCAACACAGUGCAGCACAUGCUCCUCACUGACACUGUGCUUUCACACAAGAAAAAAGAUGGUGGGCAGAUGCCACAGGCAACACAUGGCGCGCUACCAUCAACACCACGAAGUCGAAAUGCAAGUGCUGCAUCGAGUACUAGCACUGUCAAAGAUGGAAGUGCAGUGGGGAUUGGUGAGGGUGCUGAAGACGAGUCCUCAUUGACGUCGGUUGGAGGCUCAUCUGGGACCAAGGUGGAGAGAGAGGAGCAGUUUUCUAGAGGAGAACCUGGGAGAAUAAGAAAGAUAAGUGGUGCAAGCAGUGGAUCCGAACAAACUAGUUAUCAACAUCCAACCCAGAGUCAAACUCGGCUAACGACCGCACAAGAAGUGAACAUUAAAUCUGUUAGUUCAGAAACUAAAGCUAAUGAAGCUCACAUUCCGUAUUCAGCAUUAUCUCCACCGUUUGGAUGUCAGUCAUCAGAGGUUGGACCAGCCUCCCUUUCAACACCUCCAGUCUCCUCAUCCCCUUUAUCUGCCUCCUCCAGUGUUCCUGCUCCACAGCCAAACUGUGUCUCAGAUCCUAGUUUAACCUAUAUUGACCCCAGAGGAGGCCACAGGAGGAUGACAGAAAUUAAAAAUGAAGUUAUUAUAGGUGAAAGUGAAGGCUCAGUUGAGAACAGAGAGAAGGGCAGUAAUCAAACGCAACAAGAUGGAGAAGUCAAUACGCAGAACGGGCAGGACAAAGAAAACCGAUCACAAACUGCCUCCACAUUACACAGAAAUGAGAGGGAAGAAAAGCACAUAUCUGAGGAACAGCAAAGCACCAGCAGUGUCGGGGUGAUUGUUACAGCACGGUCUGAGGGAAAGCAUAAAAGCAAGCAGUCACAUAACCUGAGAGAGCCCAGCAGUCACAACGGGGAUGAGGGGGUUGAUCUGACUCUGCAUUCCUCCCAUCACCAGAAAUCACACUUUGGACGGCCUCAAAAUCCCCAAACUGCACCACUUAAAUAUGGCUACUCAGACUCAGCCUCUGGCUCCGAUCUGUCAGUAAAGAGCAGAGGCCGAACGGGCCCAGCUGGACCAAUGGAGUCAAAUUCCAGAUACUACCAGCAGUCACAAACCAGUUCUGGCCCUGUGCAUCCAAAAGAUGCUGGUGCUGUAGCUGAGGCUUUAGUGAAGCGGGGACAAGGUGCAGGAGCCAAAGGGCAUGAGGAGAAUUCACAAGUGCAGCAAUAUCCGAGCCUUCUGCAAGAAGUCCUUCAAGGUUACAACGUCGACAGACGUUACGGAAGACAAGAACAAGCGUUUCCUGCCCACCUUCAAGUUCAACAGCAGUUCCAAACCAGACACUCAUAUGGCAUGUCUGAAAGUAUGAGGGUUCAAAGUGGAGUUCCUGACGCUGCAGCUCAUUCCACCCAUAUGGGCAGCUCUGGAAAGCUGCCACAUCCAAACCAGAGGCAUGGAAAUGAGGCAGACUUCCCCACUGACCCCCAUUUGUCUGUGAAAUCAGACCUGUCCCACACCAAGAGUUUGCUAAAUUCAGAAAAAAGUGAAGUAGCUGUGUCUCAGAGUCAUGUACCACAGUCCUCAGAGUCUCAGCAGCCCCCACCCAAACAUAUCAAUUUAGCUGACUACUCUCUGCCCCAGAGGAAAGCCUUAUCCAACGCGUCUGCUCCGUCCUCUGCUGUGCAGGAGCUGCUUCUGCAGGAGCCCGAGCCGCUAACAGGGAGCGUUGGUCAAACCGAGUCUCAGAAAUCAUCAGGCUCCGUAUUAGCUCCAUCAGAGCGGCGCUCUGUCAUCUGUGAUGUGUCGCCAAAGCGGCGCAGCACACCAGAGAGGGACAGGGAAGGCGACAGGGAGCGGGAGAAGAGCCAGAGCGGAGCCUCUGUGAUUCAACAGCCAUUCGCCUCUUCAGCAGCUGCUGAUCUGAGUAGAAAAGAUACGGGUGAGAAACAAGUGGCCAAAAUAGAAACAGCAUCCAAAGACACUGGUCUAGACUCAAACAUACGAACAGAUCAUCGUGUCAGUGGUGGAGCUAAGGAGGCUGAUGUGGACUAUCAUUCCAAGUCAGUUCAUUCCUCUGUCGUAAUAAACGCUGACCCCUACCGGCGAGGUAGUGUCGACAUUCCCCCCCUGCCGACUCAUCCUAUGAGCACUAAUCCGUUAUCUUCACCCUCAAGGCAUCCGUCCUAUCUUCAUGGUGUUGAUUUAACAACUGGCAGUGGCAGCGGUUUUCCAGGAUAUAGAUAUGGAGAUUCGAGAGAAGGCACUAUGAUGCCGCGCAGCAACCCCCACUUCCCCACCCACCAUCCAUACCACAACUUAUCCCCCCAGGGCCCCACCACAAAUAAACUUCAGAUGUAUCCUCACCCGCGCGCGCCCCCCCAUCACCCCCAUGACAUUGGUGACUGGGUCAAAGCCAUGAACAGACCGUCUAAGGAGAUGAUGAUGCAGCCUGGUUCCUCUCCAGGGAGACAUAAGAUCAGCCAAUCAGAGCAAAGACAGAGGAUCAUCGCCCAGACGGACCUGCCAGGUGAGCAGCAUCCAUCGAAACCAUCACUCCAUCAUCAAAGCUCUUAUUUUGAAAUGAAAAUGUGGGAGUCGGCACACUCUGGAAGGGAAGGUCCUAGAAUGAUGGAGGGAGACUCGUACUACAGAGCACAGGCAGCUCCCACACUCCCCCCUCCUGCACCACCUCCAAUGACUCAUGGCCAAAGUUCUUCUAACCCGGAGGAAGCCAAGCGUCCCUGCCCGCCUCCUCCGCCCAGUUCCUCCAAGCCUCCCCCUGACAUUAACUUCACUCCACCACCGAUGCAGCGUCACAACAAAGCUGGAGGUUCUGGAGACACCAAUCCACUAAUGUUGAGAAGGAGAGUUCGUUCUUUUAUCUCUCCUAUUCCUGCAAAAAGGCAACUCCAGGAUGUGUCUCAGCAGAGGAUUGCCACAAAUUCACAUCACUCCCCUGCAGCUCUGUCUGAGUCUAGCCACCACAAUGAAGAUGACUCAUCCAGUUCAGAUAUCCCGUGUCCCAGGCUUUGUUCCCCGCUGCCGGGAGAGAACAACUCCUAUUCACAACCUAUAUCUCCAUCAACUGCUAAUUCCAAGCUUUUGCCUUCCAGGAAAGGCCGAGGUUUGAAACUGGAGGCAAUAGUGCAGAAAAUCACACCAAAUAUUAAAAAGCCAGCAGGCCACGUUGAUGAUGAGUUAAAUCAUUACCCCGGCUUCUCUCACGCUGAAAUAACACCGUUUAAUGAUUCACAGGACCAGGACUUAGCACAUUUCCCCAGGGUUGCAGGAGGAGAUGAUAGUUACAUGGAUGAAGGUCACUCAUUGAAUGACAUGAUUCCCUUCAGAGGAGUUGAUGAGACGGGGCCGUUGCCUCCCUCCGCCUACCCCUGUGAUCCCCAUCAGGCCUCCCAAGCUCUGAAGCAACAGGACUUUGACUUCGGCUUAGGCGCCGCUGUGGCAUCAGUGUCUGGUGACAAGGAGGAUUUUGCUUUGCUCGGACCUUUACCCCCUCCUCCUCCUCUUCCUCGCCCGGUACAGGGCUCCCCGCCUCCAUCCUCGUCUGCCCUGUCCGACAUCCAGCACUUCACCAACACUUACCAGCAGCUAGAGACGAGACGAGGAGAGCAAUCGGCUGCUAACCUUCUGCGACAGAAACUUCAAGAAUCUGGCAUGGGGUUUGAUGAUUAUCCUGGCAGCGACUACUACGGAGCCACCCCUCCCCACCAUAGUCAGACUCAAGGACACAUGCUGAACAGACAACAUCAGCUGGCCUCCGGUAGGUCCAGUCUGUCACCACAAGAUUCUAAGCCGCUCGAGAAUGUCGUGCCCAAAGGCUAUUUCCCAUCUGGCAAGAAGAAGGGCAGGCCCGUAGGGAGCGUCAACAAACAGAAACGAGUUCAGAACCAAGCCCAGCCGUUGGCCCAGUCUCAAACCCAAACACAGAACACAGCUCCGUCUGCUCCUCCAGCCCCUCCCACUCCAACUAUUGCUGCCGCCACAACUCCACCGUUGGUGCAGACUGCCAGCAGCACGCCGGCCCCCGCAGCGCCUCCUCCGUUGGAGGGCACGAUCACCCCCCCGCUGGCCCCGCCCCUUCUGACCCAGGUGGUGAAGGUGGACGUAGAGAGUGAGGACACCCAGCCAGAGAUCGAGGUCAAACCCGUGAGACGAAGGCGCAGGGGCGUGAAAGACGACGAGGAGUUGGAAGCAGGUGGACAACAGAGGAGGAGGAGGAGGGCGGCGCCAACAACACCAGCCGUCAGCAAAGAAGAGCUGGACGCGUCUUCAGCGGUGGGGGGGGGGCUCGGCACCAGCCGCGUGUGCGUGGAUCCAAACCGAAAGGGCCUGUUUGUACCACACAUACAUGUGGAGAAGAAAGUCCCAGAGAUUGGAGCAGUGUGCACCAUCGUAAACGCUGAGGAGGAAAAGAUGAAGGGCGAGCGGGCCGCAGUGGGAGGGAAGGCAGGCGGCAGUGGGACCGACUCUCUUCUGACCUCAGCUCUUUCCUCCCAGUUAUCUCGGAAAGACAGGGAGUCAGAGAAAAGAGAAACGGACGAGGUGGAAACGACACUUCAGUCAGGAAAAGCACUUCCUUCAUCUGGAUAUGUUGUUUCAGGCCCUGUGAUCACGGAGACCAAGCACUCUGGCCGCCUGCUUUGCUGCCUGUGUCAGAAGUGGGCCAAUUACAAACACCUUGGAGAUCUCUACGGGCCGUACUACCCAGCUGACUAUGCUGCAAAGCUCCCCAAGAACCAGCCGCAGGUCAGACAAUGUCAGGCAGCUACAGGCGCAAGCAAAGCGGGACCAAAUUCAGACGCAAACAUUGUCCAAGACUCGCAAACACACGAUGCUCACUUCUCCAAAGCCACAGCUGAGAGCGACUAUGGCAUCAGGCUGGAGUCCACCCCAGCGCCUCGGCCCGAGGGCGUCAGAACGGCCUCCCCAGGCGGUCAGGAGGAACUGAUGAUGCAUACCUCCGGCAUUCUCAGUAGCACUGCCUCCUUCUCCUCCACCAGUAACACUGCAUCACCUGCCUGGGACAUGAACUUUGAAAUGCGACCCAUCCCUGAGCUUAAGAGGGAGCCGGACAUUGAAGUUGAUCAACAAGCGGUGCAAAAGAAGUGUCAGCAGGCGGCAGAGGAAGUGCAGCAGCGGCCUCAGCACAGGAAGCUCACCUCGCAUCCCCGCUUCAAGAGGAGGCAUAAAUCCAGCGAGGAUUCCCCCAGAAUGGUACCAUCCAACAGCAAGGCAUCCCUGCCUUUCCAGCCCCCUCCGCCCGCCCUGGACUCCCUGGGACCCUUGGCCCAACUCGCCCAGCUGCCACAGAUGCCCAUGGACCCCGAGGAGCUGUGGGUCCAUGAAGGCUGCAUCGUGUGGACCAGUGGAGUGUACAUCGUCAACGGGCGGCUGUAUGGCCUGCAGGAGGCACUAGAUGGCGCCAGAGAAACUUGCUGCUCGUUCUGUGAGAUGGUCGGCUCCACGCUGGGCUGCUACAGUAAAGGCUGCACGCUGCGCUACCACUACCUGUGUGCUAUGGAAGCAGAUUGCUCUCUGAAUGAAGAUAACUUUUCCCUGAGGUGUCCGAAGCACAAGGUAAAGAAGGAGAGUUUACCCAGAGCAUCCGUCCAGCCAAGUCCGUGUACGAGUGGACUGUGGAGCAGUCGGAGAGAGGCUGAGACCAACGGCGACGCAGAAGAGAUGCUGGAGUCUGGGAGCUGUUAGUUUGGACGGAGGAACCCUGAAGCAGUGUGAGAAGAACAGGGAAAGAACUGUGUCUCUACAGGAAUCAGCUGUAUUUACGUUUAGGACCACACAGAAGAGAAACCUUUUCAAUGCUCUUUACUUAAACACAAAAAAAGAAAAAACAAGGACUUGCAACAUAAGGAACAAGAAAAAUACAAAAAAACAGAGAAUGAGACGGAGGAACUUUUCUGUGAAGGACUAAAGGAACAAACAUCCUCUCUGGGCUCAUCUUCUCCCUCAGACACCUUCCAAGUAUUAAACUCUUGUAUUAUCGGUUCAUCUUUUUGUUUCAUUCUGAGAGCGAAUUGGGGUCAAACCCAGAGAAGCGAAGGAACCUUUAGUAUUCUCUCAUGUAGUAUUUUAUUUUAUCCGCCAUUAUAGUUUUAGUCAUCGUUAUCCUUUUGUAUCCUCAGCAGUAUUUACUCGUUAGAAAAAAACGGAUGUAUCUCACUUUAUAUUCAGUUAACACAUGACUUGGACUUUUUGUUGUUUCAUUCCUGGAGGGAGGAGCCAGAGCGAUGUUGUCUGGAAUGUCAGGGUCGAGUUUGCCACAAAGACAUUAUUGCCUUGGAGAACGGACAUCUGUUGCCUUUUAAACGUCACGUUCGUUGUGUGAGUGCGAAGUUAGUGUGAGUGCAAAGCUGAACCAUGCCCGGGUCCGGGUCUUUGAUUCCAUUCUGGUCCGUUUUGAAAAGUGUUCUUAUUUUUCAUCCCUGGGGGUUUUUACGGUACAGAUAGUAUACAUGAAAAAUCAGAUGGACACAGUCUUAUUUUUCAAGUACAAAUGUUGGUAAUGUGCAAAGAGAAGGACGGAGCCUAAAGAAGAGAUAACACUAUAGACUACAGAACAGAACACUUGGCAUCGCCGCAGAACGUGCGUCGGUACGUUCUGCGGCGGAGGCUACCUUUGACUGACAGCUGUCGCCUCCGUGGACAGCGGUGGAGGUUGUUUUUUGGAGAAACCGUUGGAGCGGCUGCGACUGGCCGGCGGCGAGUCCACGGCCCGACCAAGUACUUUGGAUGGUUUUACUCUGAAGUGACAGUGAUUUGAUUGAGAAGCAAAGUCCAUUCAAAAGAAGCAUUGCCAUAAAUUUACCAGUGAGUCGUACAUGGUGUUGUCUUUACCAUUUUUUAUUGUUAUUCUUGUAAAAAAAAUCCAGCUGAGAAGACAGUGACACUAUGAAAACAUGCUGUAUUAGAAGCUGUCGACAUGUACAUGAAUUAUGAAUACACCUAAAUGCUUCAAACCUG